GUGAGCCUUCGGAUCGGCUGCCUAAGAACUAAACCUACUGCAAAGGCAUUGGCCUCCUAGCUGCUAUAGCACCAUGCCCAGGGUGGAUGCAGAUAUUAAACUGGACUUUAAAGAUGUUCUGCUUAGACCCAAACGAAGCAGCCUGAAAAGCCGGGCGGAGGUAGAUCUGGUACGUACCUUCACAUUCCGGAACUCCAAGCAGACCUAUACUGGCAUACCUAUCAUUGCUGCUAAUAUGGAUACCGUUGGCACGUUUGAAAUGGCAAAAGUACUGAGCAAGCAUACACUGUUCACUGCAAUACAUAAGCAUUAUACAUUGGAAGACUGGAAGCAGUUCGCAUCUUCUUCCCCUGAAUGCUUGGAGCAUGUAGCAGUAAGUUCUGGCAGUGGUCAAGCAGAUCUGGAAAGGCUUUGCAGUAUUCUAGAAGGCAUUCCACUCAUCAAAUAUAUAUGCUUGGAUGUUGCCAAUGGAUACUCAGAACACUUUGUAGAAUUUGUGAAAACAGUGCAUGCAAAAUUUCCAAACCAUACCAUCAUGGCUGGCAAUGUUGUAACAGGGGAAAUGGUAGAAGAGCUCAUUCUUUCUGGAGCAGACAUCAUUAAAGUUGGAAUUGGACCAGGAUCAGUAUGUACGACCAGGAUUAAAACUGGCGUUGGUUACCCCCAGCUGAGUGCUGUGAUUGAAUGUGCUGACUCUGCCCAUGGGCUAAAAGGACACAUCAUUUCCGAUGGAGGCUGCAGUUGUCCAGGAGAUGUCGCCAAAGCGUUUGGAGCUGGAGCAGAUUUUGUAAUGCUGGGUGGGAUGCUUGCAGGACAUGAUCAGUGUGCCGGAGACAUCACAGAAAAGAAUGGAAAGAAGGUGAUGUUGUUCUACGGAAUGAGUUCUGACACUGCCAUGAAGAAACAUUCUGGCAAAGUGGCUGAAUACAGGGCUUCGGAAGGCCGAACCGUGGAAGUUCCAUACAAAGGUGAUGUGGAAGAUACCAUUCGGGAUGUCCUGGGAGGUGUGCGAUCAACCUGCACCUAUGUGGGGGCUGCCAAACUGAAAGAGCUAAGCAGACGGACAACAUUCAUUCGUGUGACCCAGCAGUUCAAUCAGAUGUUCACAUAGUUCAGCUAACUUGAAACAAAAAGAAAAUUCAACUCCUAUACUGAGUGUUCAACUGCAGUGCCAGUUUUCACCAUUUUUCUGUUCUGUUUUUCCUUUUCAUCAGCAAAUAAUGAACAUACAUUUGAAUCAAGAUCAUAGCCCUGUAGGUCGGCUUCCUAUGCACUAUAACAAGGGCUUCCAUGUCUUACUCAUCUUAAAGAAGAGCUGGUUAAACAUCCAUACUGCAGGUGUUGUCUAACAGAUCAACACCUAUGGUAUGUCCUAAGUUUCCCUUUAAAGUGGCUGAAUAUGGAAGCCCUAAAUAACAUACACCAAAUUUAUUACCUCAGAUUCCUUCCAAUAACUGGUAGGUUUUAACUUUUUUUUUUUUCUAAAGUUUAGUCAGUAGUGAUUAUAUUAUUUUGGUUAAAUGCCAAGGAAUUUUAAUAUAUUGUUUUAUUAAUAACUUAUAUACAGCAAUAUAAUAGAGUGAAUAUUUUAUGACUUUAUUUAUUUAGAAUUUACAAUAGAGACUUUUUAACCCCUAAAACUCAUCUCUAGGUAUUCAUAAGUAGUGACUAGUAGUAUCUAUUUAUGGCGCUUAGGUACCCCUGUUAAAACCUGGGAACCUUUUGCUACAAAAACUGCGUAAGGAGGCUACACACAGGCUGUAUUUUGGGUGUGUCCAACUGGUCAGCUUAUAGAUGGAUAUUGUAUGAUAUGGCCAUACAUAUUGACGGCUAAAACAAUUGAGAGCUCAUUUGCAAAUCAAAAUGCACUAAAAUGGACCCAGAAAUGUAAUGUAGUAGUUAUCGAGUGCAGUGGAUGGUCGUGUAAUUUCCAAACAUGGUGCCCCACAUGCUGCUCUUUUUCUUACAGGUGCAAAUUUGGCCCAUUUACGUUCAGUUUACUAACUGACACAAUUUUAGUACAAUUUGGCAAUUUUUUACUUAUUGCUGGAAUUCACGGAAGUAAUUUUGCACCAAGGGUAAAAUAUGAUGAAUUUAGAUAUUUUUUUGCAUUUUCUACUUUGUAAUGUUAGGUAAUGCCAUGCUGGACAGAAUAACAACACAUUCUAAUGCUUCCUGCAGGACCAUAUAUGUAUUGAUAGCCUCCAAAUCCCAAAUUGCUUGCCUAUUAUCAUGUGUAUGGUCAGCUUUGAAGCUCUCUCCAAUAACUUUUACUGGCCAGUUGUCACAUGCCACAGAGCAGGAGUGAUAAUCACUCAUUAAACCUCAGACCCAUUUAGACAAUGUGUCAGCUGCUUAUGUUACCAUUACUGAAACCUCACCCCUAGAUCACAUAAUGAUUAUAAGUUAUAUCGAUGUAAAAUGGUGUGUCCUAAAGCCUUUGUAAUGGUGCCUUGGAUGGAACAAAGUAAGGUUGUACAUUGUUUCUCCAUUAUAAAUGCUGCUGAAUAUAGCAUUUCACUAAUUGCAUGUAUGGAUAUAUAUAUAUAUAAGCAUGCAAGAUUAAUUUGGUUUUGUAUGCAAUUUUCAAAACACACCUUUACAAGCAUUUUAUAAACCGUUAUAUUCUUUGAAAACAUUCAACGAUUUGGAAGACCUUUAGGCUGAGACAGCUAAAAAGAAUCAUAAGGAAAAUUUGACUAUGUAAAAGAUUAUAUCUAAGGUGUUUCAGAAGAAGAUGGGUUUCUAGCAUAAAAUGUAACCACUUCUUCUUCCUUUAGAGGAAACUUUGAACCAUAUUCUUUAACAAGUUUUGUGUUACGUACCUGGGUCACACAGGGGCUCCUUGUGCCUCUAAGUAAAGCAGCCAUGUUGUUAGUUCUUUGCUGCUUUAAACUUCUUCUUCCUCAAGUCUAGGAAUCAAAUGUUUCGUUCCAGUUCUCCAGUUGUUUUCUACAAUUGCUGACCAGUAUUUGGUUGGAAUUAGCCUUCAUAUAUUUUCCCUUCAUAUUUGCAAUUGUACCAACUAGGUUGUUGUCACACCACUGGAAUUUUUUAUGAGACUAAAGAGAAUAGCUGCAAUGAGGAUUUGUCACAAGUACCUAAAUCCAUGUCAGGUUUAAAAUGUUAAAAAAACUUUUCCUUGAAGACUGUUGUAAUUUAGCUCAACAAAUGUCUUCUCUUAGUGUUAAUGUAAUCUCUCCCAAGCUACAGCCAAUGCCUUGCACCUCUAGUGGCCUUAUAAAUGGCUUGCAAGAUAGUGCUGUGAUCCUUCUUGUACACUCCGUUCUUUUCUGAUUAUUAUUUAAAAUCAAAUCUUGGCCUUGCAAAGUAGUGUAAUGCCACUGAGCGGAAAGCAGCCUUUUAUUUAUUGUUUCUAAAUAAUCUUGAACAAAAGAAUGUGUUUUGGUAGUAUACUAGAUAGUAUCUGUGCUGCUGAUUGUACCUGGUAGGCAGGCAAUGCUUUAGUUGAAUAUUAUUGAAAAUACAGAACACCAAUGUGUUUUAGUUCUUAUUGAUGGGUAUCUGCCAGCAAUCAAGAGUUUGUGUAGCAUCACCCAAAAGUCAUUAACUGUCAGGAAUGCUGGGAAAUUUAGCUGAACAUCAUCUUAUGGACCUAUAGGUGCUUACAAGUAAAUCUGUACUAUAAGGUAUUUUUGGCACCUAUGAAAACAUGUGCUGUACACUGAUCAGUAAUUUAGCAGUAUCAUACAAUUCUGGUCUGAAAAUAGUCAUGUAUAGAUCAGUCUUCACCAUGCAUUCAUAAUAGAAAGCUUUUUUUUAAUACCAAAUCCCAUGAUAUGAAAGCUGCAACUGUAUGAAAAUGUCUAUGAGCCUUUCCAUGACUGCAUGAACCUGCCAACGGAACUUAGACAUUCUGUCUAAAUGCAUGUGUGGGAGUACUGUAGGCAUGUAGUGUGUUGCAUUCCCAAAAUAGCAAAGCCUAAUCUUAAACCAUCUGCUUUCAAAAUAUAGAAAAAUCUGUGGGAUUUUCUUUUUGCAAUGUUGGAAAUGUGUUUGUUAUAAUAUUUCAUAUACAGACCAUUGUGCCUUCAUAAUAUAGCUUAGCAGUGCCCUACACCAUGAGAAAGUCCUCUAUGAAUGCCAAUAAUUAGUAGUGCCUGGGCAAACCAAGUGCUGACUGCCACCUUUCCAUUGCCUGACCAGGGAGUGCCAUUAAAAUGAAUGGGGAGUGAUUCCAAGAGUUUGUUGCCUGCCUGUAUACUAUUGACCUUAUAUUUCUUAUAGGCUAAUUUAUGAUACUUAAGAGGGAAUUCUGUUUGUCUGCCAGGUUUGGCAGUAUCAGCCUAGAAACAUUGCUUUAACAUUAGCUAGAAUUGUUAGUCGGCACUAGAAUAGCUUUGUAUAAAAGAUCAGUGUAGACAAAUGAUUUGGGCCCAAGUUUUCAAAUAAUGAUAUUUUCAGUAGACACGGUGCCCUUGCCCUGAUGCCAUAUCUGCAGGCAUCAUUGCUUUCUAUAACUUCUGAGAAUGUCAUAAGAAAUGAAGCUCUGUGGGCUGGGGCAGUAUAGACACAUCAUUUUACAAUAAAAAGUUAUAUAUGGCACAGAUCAUCCCAUAUCAUGGCAGUUUUGUAUGGUAUACGUUACUCCUAAAGCUGAGAAUUCCUGUGUAAUCAGAUGGUUCUGCCCAAGAUGCAAGUGAUCCCACUAUGGGAAGUCUGGCUACACAUGGAUGGACAGCUGGUUGGAAUCAACCAAAAUGGCCCACUAUAUUGCACCAUAUGUAAAGAAUUCAGGAUGUACAUUUAUAUUCAUUACUCUUAACCUUUGAAGUGAGGGCCUUCAUAUUCUAUCACAAUUUUUUUUACUAUUUGUGAAUUUUAGUUUGUGUUUUCUAAAGGUUAUUUCAUGCCAACUAUAACUAUAUAGUUCUGUUUGCUUCAGCAACAUGACUGUAAAACCAUUACUAUCGACCAGUUCACUUUUCAUGGAGAUGUAUUGAAGUAUUUCUUUGUCUUUACUUAAUGGCUUACUUGUGCUUCAUGAUUGGAAACUACUGAGGAUGUUCUUCUUAGGCAGAAAAUAAAGCACCAAUUACAUGCAA